AUGGAGUCAAACCAAUCCCCCCAUGAAAAAUUCAUGUGUAGUGUUUGUGGUAAGAAUUGUGGUAGUAAGAAAUCUCAACUUCGUCAUAUCUCAUAUUGCAAAAGAGUCAAAUCUCGUGGUGGUGUAAGAUCAAGGAAACGUGCUUGUUCGGCUUGUACCAAAUCCAAGACGCAAUGCGAUUUGAUACAUCCAAGCUGCUCACGAUGUCUAAAGAAGAGCUUAGGCUGUGUUUAUGAAGGACCUCACUUUCCAAGAGGAAAGAAUCUAGAGUCAGAAGUAGGGAAUCAUACCGAUACUGGUGCGAAUCAGAUCGAAGAAGCAUCUUUGAUUUCAUCUUCGUCGCAAGACAACACUGCACCGGUCUUGCCGGAUAUCCAUGAAGCCAGCAUGGUUUCGAACCCAUUGCAGAUUUCGGGUGUUACCACCGAUGGUACUAUGAAUCUCGAACUUCCAAAUGAAAAUUGGAAUCUCGAUACUGAAGACUGUUUUCCAGAACAUCUGUAUGUUUCAGUUUUCAGCACGCCUACACAAUAUUCCGCACGGCUAUUACCCAUAGAACCGUCCCCUAUUUUCGCGAGCUAUCAACCGAAAAAUAGUGGUUCAUUUUAUAGACUAUACGAUCAACCAAUACCAACCGCUCCAAAAGCAUUUGCACUUCGAAGACCGUCCAACAAUCAAUUUUCCUUGAACAGAAGUUACAUCCUGUGCACUUUACCAACCUACCCCUCAAUGUUACUUCCCAGUAAUGACGAUGGGCUUCCACCAUUUAUCCAUCCCCAUUUCAGCAGCCGUAAAGCGCUUCCCGCACCGCUAGCUACAUGUGUUACCAUCAUACAAUGGAUAAGUAUGAAAAAUAAGGAUAACGUUUUGUUCAUAUGGGGGUGCAUUAAGAUGGAGAUCGACAGAAUAUGUAUCCAGUAUACCACAUAUAAUCGAGAAGAUUCCGUCGCUGCUCUCCAAGCCAUAACGAUUUAUCUUCUCCUUCGAAUUUCAGAAGAUAAUGAGAAAGCAACAAAUUUCGAUGUUCCAUUAAUUUCCGCUAUGAUUAAACUUUCAAUACACGUUAUUCACCUUGCAGAAGACCUCCAAAAUGAGGGUGCUCUAUCGUGGAAAGAAUGGGCAUUGGCCGAAUCCACACGCCGCACAAUUAUCAUACUGUUCUUCAUCGACCUUUUUUUUGACAUCUCCUCUUCAGUCCAUGAAUACCGCUGUGACGAAAAUCGCCUAAAACAAAUGACUCUACCUUGUUCUCGCAAACUUUGGAGAGCGACUACAAAUGAAGCGUGGGAAGAUGAGUGUGCAAAUUCAAUGAGAGGCAUACAACUUAUGUAUGGAGAUCUGAUAAAUUCUCGAAAUAGGCCUGAGGAUCGGAGGUUAGAUGGAUGGUUAUCUCAAUUGGAUGACUUUGGAAUGCUAGUCUUGGCUGCAGCAAGUUUGGCUUCAUGA